AUGUCGUCAUCCAACAUCCAGAGACCCAAGAUUCUGUCCACGCUUCCUUCCAUCUUUUCCUAUUUGCACGAUGCCAAAGUCAGGUCCAAAAUGACGUUUGCCGAUAUCGCCGCCGAGAUGGACCGCGACGAGUGGUACGUCGCGGCGAUUUUCUAUGGCCAGGCCAAACCGGACCAGGCGGACAUUGUCAAGCUCAGUGCCGCGCUCAAUCUGCAACAGAGGUACCUGGACGAAGCGUUUGGUCCGGACUUCUUCCCGCACCGUGGCCUCGGCGAAUUCCCACCCCAAGACCCAGUGUUGUAUCGUCUGUACGAAGUUCUUGUCGUCUAUGGCUACCCGUUGAAACACAUGAUCCACGAAAAGUUCGGUGACGGCAUCAUGUCAGCUAUCGACUUUGAAGGCCAUGUCGAAAAAGUAAAGGGCAGCUCCAACGAGGAUAGGGUCAAGAUCACGCUCAAUGGCAAAUUCUUGCCUUACCGCCGAUGGUAG